AUGAUAACUCCUGCCUAUAAACGAAACAUUAAGAAUAUUUCUAUCAGUAGUGAAAUAUUCGCCAAAAUUGAUCCAUUGGCGCUCACGGCGAGCGUAAGCAACGCAAAAGAAAGCGUUUGCAGAGGCUCCAAACAAAAGGGCGUGGACGCAGUAAACGGAAGCAUCGGGGCAGUGACUGGGGCUGCUGCAACAAACACCAACAGCAGCAACAGCAACAGCAACAGCAGCAGCAACAACAGUGGCAGUGGCAGCGGCAGCACAAGCACCAGUGGGAGCAGCAGCAUUGAAAUUGAUGAUCUGGGCCGUGCAUUUAAUGACAAAGUGCACUUGAAUCAGGCAGCCAGCAACCAGCUUGUACUUCAUGCCAAGGAGCCCGAAGCCAUGUCCGGUGAUCAGAAAGUCUUGCUAAAGGGACACGCAUCUCAAUACGUUAAGCUCAAUGUGGGUGGACGUUUGUACUAUACGACAAUUGGCACGCUAACAAAACACAAUGAUACCAUGCUAAGCGCCAUGUUUAGUGGGCGCAUGGAGGUGCUAACAGAUUCGGAAGGUUGGAUUCUAAUUGAUCGGUGUGGAAAUCAUUUUGGCAUAAUAUUAAACUUUUUGCGAGAUGGCAGUGUACCGCUGCCAGAGACAAACAAAGAGAUUGCGGAGCUGCUCGCCGAAGCAAAAUACUACUGCAUCACGGAGCUGGCGAUGUCAUGCGAGCGUGCACUGUAUACGCACCAAGAGCCGAAGCCCAUCUGUCGCAUACCCCUGAUAACGUCGCAAAAGGAGGAACAGCUAUUGAUCAGUUCGUCGUCGAAACCGGCGGUCAUUCUAGUGGUACAGCGGCAGAACAACAAAUACUCGUACACAAGCACAUCGGAUGAUAAUUUGCUCAAGAAUAUUGAACUAUUCGACAAGCUAUCGUUGCGCUUCAACGAACGAAUACUUUUUAUUAAGGACGUCAUCGGUCCAAGUGAGAUCUGUUGCUGGUCCUUCUAUGGUCAUGGCAAGAAAGUAGCGGAGGUCUGCUGUACCUCCAUAGUCUAUACAACAGAUCGAAAGCAUACGAAAGUCGAGUUUCCGGAGGCGCGCAUCUACGAGGAGACACUGCAGGUGCUGCUCUAUGAGAAUCGCAAUGCGCCGGAUCAGGAAUUGCUGCAGGCGACAUCUUCGGUGCGUGCGGGAGGCGUCAGUGGCACCAGCAUGCAUCAGUAUACUAGCGACGAGGAGGAGGAGCGUACAGGCUUGGCCCGCUUGCGCUCCAACAAGCGCAACAAUCCCACUUGACUUACGUAUAAGUUGGAGUUCCCACAGAUUUGAUGGCAAAAUUGCGGUGCUUGCAGCCAUUGUUGGUUCGCCUCUUCCUGACCUCUCAGCGCAGGCAUCGCUGCUGCGAUAUAUAAACUUACCGAACGAAACAACUGCAACCAAUGUAAUUCAUAAUUUCUUAUAUAUACUAAACAAAACAAACACUGUGAACAUCGUGAGAUUAAUCGCAAUUAUAUUCUACAUAUUUCCCA